AUGACUUCCAUUACGAUACCUGAAGGAGUCUUCAAUCGUCUAAAGGGGAAAACUGUCAUUAUUACUGGAGGCAGGUCAGGGAUUGGAGAAGCCGCCGUCCACAUACUUGCAAACCAUGGCGCGAACGUGGUCUAUGGCGAUAUUGCUCCCGGCGAAUUUGAGCAACCCAACGUCGUCUACCAGAAGGCAGACGUGAGCGAUUUUACAUCUUUGCGGUCGCUAUUUGCGUUCACAGAGCAGAAGUUCGGACCCGUCGAUAUUGUCCUUGCCAACGCAGGAAUCCACGAAGAAGAGGACUGGAACAACGAAGAUUGGCUGAAUUCUACAGCGGGAAGUAAAAUUGUUGACGUGAACUAUACCGGAGUGGUGUACACAGUUAAAAUCGCCCUGCUUUCCUUCAAGCGGAGCGGCAAAAAGGGCAGCAUCGUCCUUACCGGAUCGGCUAGCUCCUAUCUCGACUCGUCGCCAGUAUGCAUUUAUGCCGGGACAAAGCACGGCGUGCUGGGUCUAUUGAGAAGCGUACGGACGGUUGUGGGAGAUAUCGCCAGGAUCAAUCUCAUCGCCCCGUGGAUGGUGGACACUAAGCUUCCUCCUCCAGGGAUUCUUGAAUUGUGGGGUGAAUUGCCUUUGAACACCCCGACUGGUGUGGCAAAUGCCAUACUGUAUGCGGCUAUUGAAGAAAAAUUUCACGGAAAGGGGUUCUUCGUGGGAGGGGAUAAAAUCACAGAACUCGAGACGAUGAUCGAUCAAACCCGACCGCAAUGGAUGACCCAGGAGGUUUCUGAUGGAGUUGAGGCAGGGUGGGAACGCCUCAGCAAGGUUCGCAUUAUGACUAGAGGAGCGAAUGCAAAUUGA